CCAGAUGCUGCCAGCAGAUAUCUAGGCUACAGCAGAAGUUGAAACUUGCUCCACACCCACAGACUUAAACCCCACAACUUACCUGAAAGGAUGAGCAGCAAACAAGAGGCCACCAAGUGCACCCCAGCCACGUUGUCCAGCUUCACCAUCCAGUCCAUUCUACAGGGGACCACCACUGACCGGGGGAGAGCAGCUCUAAGGGUGUUUAGCAGGGAGUCCAUCCCCAGCCGGGACCCCAGCUCUGCUACAAGCUCUGAGGAUGAAGAUCAGGAGGAAGGAUGGAGAGAGCCAAGGUGCUGUUGUGCAGAUUCUGGCACCAAGGACCCCAGAAGCCCCCACAUCUGCAGCCCCCAUAGAUGUCCUGCUAUCAUCCAAGGGACACACAGCACAGAUAGGUUACAGACCCAUUCUCCUAUCCAGGACUAUACAGUGGACAAGGACAAACGUUUCAACCCUAGCACCCCAUCCUCAGCGGACAGACAGGGCAGUUCCAAAAAGAAAACUCGCACAGUGUUCUCCAGAAGCCAAGUCUACCAGCUGGAGUCCACCUUUGAUAUGAAGAGAUACCUGAGUAGCUCAGAGAGGGCCUGUCUGGCCUCCAGCCUUCAGCUUACAGAGACUCAAGUCAAAACCUGGUUCCAGAACAGGAGAAACAAAUGGAAAAGGCAGUUAUCAGCUGAGUUAGAAGCUGCCAACAUGGCCCACGCAUCUGCACAGACACUAGUGGGGAUGCCACUGGUAUUUAGAGACAAUUCCAUCCUAAGGGUCCCUGUACCCAGACCCAUAGCUUUCCCUGCCCCUCUGUACUACCCAGGCAGCAAUAUGCCAGUACCUUUUUAUAACAUAUACAACAAACUGGAAUAUUGAGUAUUCCCUUAAUCCAAGGUAACUUCAGCUGCUAAAAAAACACCUCACUACUCGACAUCUUCUUUAUUAUUAAAGCCAAUGUGCUUAUAAAUAUGGAAAUACACUGUGUGUAUAAACCAAUUUGCCUCCUUUAUUUAUAGGAAAUUUGA